AUGUCGUGGCUCCAAGACGGCAUGCUCAACAUGGACGACGACGGCGACAUGAACAUGGCGGCCGGCAACAACCCCAACUUCUCCACCAUGGAUGGCUCGUUUUUCGGCGCCUCUCAAUCGCCCUUCCAGUCGCAAGAUUUCGACGACAUCACCAAUAAUGCCAACACAAACAGCGGCAACAAUAGCGGCAACUUCUCGGGCCAGCCUACUUCCACCAACACGCCCCAGACACACACGCCCAGUGCCCCUGGCUCGGUUGCCAACCCCCACGUGUCUCCCUCAGAUAUCUUUUCUCCUUCACUCAACCCCCGCUCCCGACCCACCUCGGCUCUCAACACCACCCAGUCGCCGCAGAUUCACCACUCUCCGCAACUGGGCAGUCCCCAGAUGGGCCACUUGGGCGGUCAGAACCAGGGCGGCCAGUUCUUCCGGCCCCAGGGCAUGGGUCAAGGAGCAGGUACUCCCGGUGCCGGGCCGCACCAGGGUAUGUCUCCCCAGGGCAUGCACCAGGGCACCCCCAACAUGGCCAAUGUGCAGCCUGGUCAGCAGCAGCAGCAGCAACAGCAGCAGCAACAGCAGCCCAGUGGUGCUUCUGGUCAACUCGGCCAACAUGGUGCUCCCCCCAUGAGUCAGUCGCCCGGCCAGACAGCGGCCAAACUGCCACAGCCGCGGCAAAUCACUCCACAACAGAUGCAGGCGUUCCACAAGCGGAUUGUGGCCGCUCCUCCCCAACAGCGUAUCGCUAUGCUGCAGCAGCUGAACCAGUCACACCCCCAAGCUGCCCGCAUGCUUGCCCAGAAGAUCGGCGUCCAGUUGCCUGGACAGCAGUCCGGAGGACAGCAGCCUGGAGGAGACCACCAGCAGCCUCAGCCCACGUCACAGCAACAGUCGCAGCAGGAGGCCAACCAGAAAAAGGUGGAAAUGUACAACAAGGCGUUGCGAGAGUUCCACUCUAAGCGAGGUUCUCCCAUGGGCCCGUUUCUGCAGGUCGGCCAGCGCAAGAUUCCCCACGUCAACCUCUUCUUUGCUGUGAUGAAGAACCAGGGCUUCCAGGUGAUCUCUAACAACAAUCAGUGGGCCACUGUGGCCCGUGCUUUGGGCUUCCAACCCCAUGAGACCGACGCUCCCCAGCAGCUGAAGCAGCAGUAUCAGCAGUGGCUACUACCAUUCGAUGAAGCUCGUCGCAAACGGGCUGCUUCUGCUGCAGGCACUACCCCCGGUGCCACGCCCGGUGGAUCUGCCGCUACUCCCUCUGCUGCAGCUACUCCUUCAACUAUGACCACCCCUGGUCCAGCGGCCGACUCGACAGAAACCCCCAAGCCUGCAGUCGCGGAAGAGGAUAUGGUAGUGCACAAGUACCUUCCCAAGUCGCGGCAGAACGAGGAGCAGUCGAUCCGCAACCCUGCCAUCAUCAAGGGCCUUGGAAACGAUCUUAACUUCAUUCUAGCCACCAUGCCCUUCGCUCACGAGCUUGGGUCAAUUAACAUUCUUGGUCUCACCAACUCUCUCGAGUCUGGCCACCCUGGAGAGAUUCGACAGGCGCUGGACAAGUUGUUGGUCAUUUCUGCGGACCCGCGGUGUCUUCUUGGGCUUUAUGACUGCGCCAACCUGACUCAGGUUCUCGGAGACCUUGGUCAGGACCUCGUUACUGAGCUGGUCAAGCUUACUGGUCACGCUACACCCGAGCGAGACUCGUUCAGCGACGAGGAGUCAGAAACCGAAGACUCCACAUUUGCCGCCUCGACCAUUGAAAAGGUCUUUGAGAAGUACUCCGCCGACUUUGACAAUGACCAGCACACCAACGGCAUCGAGGUGGUUGUGGACUCUCUUAUGGGCACUGAAACUCGACCCCCGCACCACUACGACGACGAUGAUUACUCCCACAGUGAUUCUGACCUCUCUGACCUCGAAGUCGAGUUCAACCACCACCACAAGAAGCGCAAGAAGAUCCUCAAGACACCUCCUCCUCCACGAUCGUGCAACUUUGGCAACUAUGUGAUCAUGCUGGAGGAGUGUGAGAACGAAGGAGAGAAGCUGGACCACAAUGUUGAGGAUGGCACCCCUACGCCGUUUCUUAAAAACGCCGUUGGUGACCGUCUCGUGUGUCUGACGUCGAUUCUGCGAAACCUGUCGUUUCUGGAAACCAAUCAAGCCGCUCUGAUAAUGGACGAGGCUAUUUACGAGUUCAUUUUCACGCUUCUGCGGCGAAUUGGAACGCUUGAAAACUUGCUGGCGACCCCAAGGCAGUAUCUGGACGUUCUGAAGGACGUGGCCACCUUCCUGGCCAACGUGUCGCUGUCGCUUGUGCUCAAGAACCCUGGAGACGCCUACAUCAUAUUGCUUCUGGUCAUGUUCUUCGGGCCCAACGAGUCGCCCUUCAUCGGCACGCCCGAAGACUACAGAGUCGUGUUCCAGGAGUACAACCCCCUGGUAGACAAGUACCUGCCUUGUGCGGUCGACAUGUUUGUCAAGAGUGUGUCUCGAGAGACGCCUAACAAGAAGUUCUUUUUGGACAUCAUGCUGGAAAAAUGCCGUGAUCCUCAGUACCUGGAGAUUUCGCAGCUCAACAGAGCCGAUUCGAACGCGCCCAUCUUCCAGUAUGAGAUUCUGACACGAAUUUUUGGCAUCUGUGUCUCUCCCGUGCCUCGAACGGAUCUCCAGAUCAUCCCUCACACUUUUGACAUUCGAAAGCCGCUCAUGCUACAGGCCCUUCUGGGUGCCGAGAUUCUCGCACACAUUGUUCCUGCUAAGACGGACAAGGAGAAUCUGCCGUUACGAUGGCUCAAUUCGGACGACAACUUUGGCAACACACUAUUGCGGACGGCAUGUGCUCUGGGCUCAGUCAACGUGAGUGCCUACAAGGCCAAGUCCCAACGCCACGACCCCAAGAAGAUCGAGGAGGCCAACCCUUUUGCCCGAAUCACCCAAAGAUGUAUCACGAUUCUACGAAUUCUUGGUCUCAAGGCCAUGAAAGGCGAGGAAGAAGAGGAGCUGGCCGUGUCGGAGGAGAGUGCGCUGCCUCCCGGAGUUUUGCCCAACGUGGAGACUAUUCUAGGCGCUAUGCUGGCGUUCGAAAUGGACUCUGUGGUGGUGCAGCAGAUGGCCGUGCUGUCUAACGAGGGCGAGAAGUUCUACGAGGCGCUUGGAGGAAUCGAAAAGGCAAAGAGUUUGGCUGCCCCUAGCAACUAG